AUCGCUGCCUUCGCCUUCUCAUCAGUAAACAAGUGAAAAGCUUUACGAGCACGCGAUCAUCAAUUAAAUUGACUCUUUAUAUCAGCAACUGAUUACGCAACCCCAUUAGAAGUGAACAAAUUGUAUUUCACGAAUGUUGGAAUUCUUAGUGGAACGAAGAGCGAUUAGCUGUAGAUGACCAUAUUUAUAAUUUGAUAAUUUUGUUUCCUAAAUAUAGUCGAACUUGUGUACAACCAAGAACUUAGUGACCUUUAAUCUAUCUAGCUUUUGAAAGCUACACAUUGAAAAUAAAACCUACAAAAUUGAUUAACAGAUUAUUACGGACAGCAAAAAAAGUCAAGCCGGUGUUAAACAAUUACAAAAUCAAUACGUCAGAAUGCAGAUUCGAUUAUUAUUUAGCCUGCUGCUGGCUGGCACCCUAUAUUCCCAGUUGAAAUCAACUGAGGGAUCAAAAAUUCUGGCUGUGUAUGCCUUUCCGGGGAAAUCACAUUUUAUGAUGCACACUGCCCUAAUAAGGGAACUGGUGGAGAGUGGUCAUCAGGUUACCAUGGUAACAGCCUUUACUCUGGAGAAAGAGAAACUUGGCAGCAACUACACGGAGAUCUUGAUAGAACCGGUCUACGAUUUCUGGCACGAUGUUAAGCUUAACUUUGGAGCCCAGCACUUAUUCGAGCUGACCCGCAUGACCAACUAUGAUUUCCUAAAGAUGCUGGAGAUUAUCGGUCUCAAGACCACCGAACAUGCCCUACGCCAGCCCAAAGUUCAGGCACUCAUCAAUGCCGAGCAGAAGGAUGGGGUCUUUGAUCUUCUCCUGGCCGAACAAUUCUAUCAGGAGGCCUUCUUGGCUCUGGCUCACCUAUAUAAAAUACCCGUGGUGACCACGAGCACGUUGGGCUAUGAGAACCACAUGAGUCAGAUGAUGGGUUUGAUUACACCAUGGUCAUUUGUGCCACACGGUUUUAUGCCCUUCACCGAUCGCAUGAGUUUCCUGGAAAGGGUGAAGAAUUCCUACGCAUCCUUCUACGAGGACAUGGACAGGUUGCUGAACUAUUUUCCGAAAAUGGAUGCGGUGACCAGGGAGUUCUUUGGACCUGUAUUGGCCGAGGUGCCCAAGGUCAAGCACAUGGAGCGGGAAAUCUCAGUGAUGCUACUAAACAGUCACGCACCGCUGACCACGGCACGUCCCACAGUGGAUGCCAUGGUGCCAGUGGGUGGCAUGCACAUCUAUCCACCCAAACCGCUCCCGGCCGACAUGCAAGCCUUUUUGGAUGGCGCCACCGAGGGGGCCAUCUUCUUCAGCCUUGGCAGCAAUGUCCAGAGCAAGGACAUGCCCGUGGAAAUGCUGCGACUGUUCCUGCAGGUAUUUGGUUCCCUCAAGCAGCGGGUAUUGUGGAAAUUCGAGGACGAGAGCAUUAGGCAAUUGCCAGAAAACGUGAUGGUCAGGAAGUGGCUGCCACAGGCGGACAUUCUGGCCCAUCGCAAUGUGAAGGUAUUCAUUACCCACGGUGGUUUGUUUGGCACCCAGGAGGGAGUGCACUACGCUGUGCCCAUGCUGGGUAUACCCUUCUAUUGUGAUCAGCACCUUAAUAUGAACAAAGCUGUUUUGGGUGGAUAUGCCAUUAGUCUGCACUUCCAGUCGAUUACCGAGGAAAUCCUUCGGCACUCCCUGAACCAUCUAAUACAUAAUGCGACCUACAAGGAGAACGUUCAAAGGGUAUCGGAUAUUUUUCGGGAUCGGCCGCAGGAGCCGCGGAAAAGUGCCGUCUAUUGGAUCGAGUAUGUCAUCCGGCAUCGAGGUGCUCCCCAUAUGAGAUCCGCGGGCCUGGAUCUCAAUUGGUUCCAAUUCUACUUGCUGGAUGUCAUAGCAUUUGUGGCUAUCAUUGCUCUAGCUGGAAUCAUGGCUCUCUCAUUGGCCAUUCGAUUACUGAUGGGCAGUAACAAGAAGCACAAGAAAGCUAAACAAAAUUGAACUAUUUACAGGGUUUAAUUAAACUAUAAACUGGAAAACAGGGUGGAACAAGUAAUUUACAAAAUGUCAGAAAACUAAAAUCAUAUCUUCAUUAAAAUAUUAAUAAUAAA